AUGGCCUCUGAAGAACAACCUUCUCAGACAAUUGUCCAGUCAGCGCUGGAAUCGGAUAAAGAAAGACAUGCAUUCAUCCGACUAGAUCCCAGCGGCUUCACAAUCCGCCAUCCGCCGCCUCCGCACGAGCUCUCUACCUACAUAACGCCCGACACCCAACUCUUCCAAACGAUCCACAUGGGUGCCGCUAUCAUAGAUCCAGAUCUUUACAAGAUUGUCGUCGAUGGCCUUGUCUCUCGACCCUUCUCCAUCACUCUCGAUGAGCUCAAACGCAUGCCGCAAACAACCAUUACCGCAUUCCACGAAUGCUACGGUAGUCCAUUGAAACCACCCACAGAGGCAUUGUGGCGCAUAGGAAAUGUCAAAUGGACGGGCGUUAGACUGUCCCAUGUGCUAGAUUUAGCUGGUGUAUCUCCGUCCACACUCAAAGAAGAAUUAUUUGUAUGGUCAGACGGUCUCGAUCGCGGCUCCUUCGCUGGCAUAAACGCAGAUCGGUAUCAAAAAGACCUUCCGUUAUCGAAAGCGCUAUCUCCAGAAGUUCUAGUCGCGUAUGAGAUGAACGGCGAACCUUUGAGUAUAGAGCGUGGCGGACCGGCGAGGCUUGUAGUGCCGGGGUGGUUUGGCACGAAUUCGACAAAGUGGCUGUGUAGGUUGAGCGUGCAGGGGGAAAGGGCACAGGGGCCGUAUACAACGAGGUUCUACAAUGAGGUAGAUAUGGCUGGGGACGUGAGGCCGGUUUGGAAGGUUGAAGUCAACUCGAUGAUUGUUCGGCCGAGGCCUGGGGAAGAGCUGGAUGGCCCUCAAGUCUUGGUCUGCGGAUGGGCGUGGAGUGAUGAUGGCGUUAAAGCGGUUGAACUGAGUGCUGACGAUGGCACGACCUGGUAUGAAGCGGUCGUGGAGAAGAGAUUUGAGUACGAGUGGCAACGAUUUGAAAUGCUGAUCAAUUUAUUUUCUGGCAGACAGAGCAUCAUCGCAAGGGCGACUUCUAUUUCCGGUCAUCAACAACCACUUACUGGCCAUCGGAACCACAUGCAUGAAAUUGAAGUGGAAGUUAAGAAUAAUUGA